UUGUCCACAGACGCCAAAACAAUCACAGAGCAGCUUGAUUUGUUUUAAUUACUAGCACAAGAUGCCAUCAGUCUGGGACGUGAUCGGGCAGAGGUGUACUCACAGUAGUGUAAAUACUGCUGUAAAUAGUUGCCUGGUGGCAGCUUUGACAGUGAGCUAGCUUCUGAGUUUCCCUCUCCUGAAACCGGGCUUUCUGCAUCUGGCUGUUUGAAUCUUCUUAAUUUCUCUGUCCUCAACCAAACUCCUAUGAAGUUCAGGCUGGGAAGUUGUUUUCUGUAACCUCUUGAGAUAAGGUAUUAAGUCAUGAUGCAGGAAUCUGCGACAGAGACAAUAAGCAACAGUUCAAUGAAUCAAAAUGGAAUGAGCACUCUAAGCAGCCAAUUAGAUGCUGGCAGCAGAGAUGGAAGAUCAAGUGGUGACACGGGCACUGAAGUAAGCACAGUAGAACUGCUGCAUCUGCAACAACAGCAGGCAUUGCAGGCAGCCAGGCAGCUGCUCCUACAACAACAGACAAGUGGGCUGAAAUCUCCUAAAAAUAGUGAUAAACAAAGACCGCUACAGAUCACUGUGUUGCUCUAUGGACCUCUGAACUCUAUCCAACGGAGAUGGUAGCCUUGCUGUUGUUUCACGAUGAAAGAUGUGAGUAAAGAGCCCCUGAUUUUGCCAGUGUUGCAUUUGCAAUACUCAGUAAAAUGUAGAUAUUGUAGUGGUCCCUUA